ACCUUUCCACAAAAUAUGAAAGACAGGUAUUAUUCAGUUAAACGUUGACAGCCAGUGGUGACGCUGAGUUCAUUUGGAAUACUAGUGGCAUCAUCUUUUUUUUUUUUUUUGUGCGGCUAUCUCUUUUAUUUUUUUCAUCAACCACGUGUUCAGUGUUGAGGUGUGUUGAGCAGUAUUGAGUAUUGGGCUUAGUCUCGCAUGGUUUUGCAAUUCAAUUAAUACAGUUUAAUAAAAAAUUAAUAUUUGAUUAUUAAAUUUAUUAUUUAUUAUUUGAUUAUAAAAUUAAUUAUAUAAUCAAAUAUGGCUACUGUUUUGGGCACAUUAUCUGUUUUAAAAAAUCAUAUUAAAUACAAAGUAUCAGAAGAUUUUGUAGCAAUUGAUAAUAUAAUAUUUAGAUUGCAUUACAGAGUAACGUUUGUUGCUUUAUUGUUGGGAUCAUUGUUGGUAUCUUCACGACAAUUUUUUGGUGAACAUAUAAAGUGUAUUCAUGAAAAAGGUGGAGUAAGACAUAGUGCAAUCGAGUCAUAUUGUUUUUUUAGUUCAACAUUCACAGUUUCGAAAUAUAUGAAUCAAAGUUUAAUUGGAGCAGGAAAGGUAGCAGCACAUCCAGGUAUUGGAAUACAGUCAAACGAAGAUGAUAUUGUAUGGCAUACAUAUUAUCAAUGGGUGCCAUUUGUACUGUUCUUUCAAGCAAUACUGUUUUAUUUGCCACAUUACUUGUGGAAAUCAGCUGAAGGUGGUCGUUUAAAAGCUCUUGUUUCAAAAUUAAAAAUGACAUUAUUAACAAUGAGAGAAGAAAGAAUUACAGUUGGCAGUAAAACAAUUCCAUCAAUAUCUGAUCGUGAUGAAAAAAUUAGAAUAUUAAAACAAGCAUUUAUUGAUCAUAUUCAUGUCAAUAAACCAUGGUCAUAUUAUCUUGGAGCUUUUGAAUUAUUAAAUCUUAUAAAUGUUAUUGCACAAAUUUAUAUAACUGAUAAAUUUUUAAAUGGUCAAUUUCUUGGUAUUGGUAGAAAUACAUUUGAUGAUAUAGUUGAUGGAGAAAUGACAGCACUUGAUAUGGUUUUUCCAAAAGUAACAAAAUGUAUAUUUCAUAAAUAUGGUGCAUCUGGUACUAUUGAAAAAUAUGAUGCAUUGUGUAUAUUAGCAUUGAAUAUUAUUAAUGAAAAAAUAUAUACACUUUUGUGGUUUUGGUUUAUAGCAUUAUCUGCUAUGACAUUUUUGGGAUUAGUUUGGAGAAUUGCUACAAUGGUAUUACACUCUAGAAGCAAACAAUUUAAUCGUUAUGUGUUUUCAAUGGCUUGUCCUGGAAAAAAUAAUCCCUGGGAUAUUUUAAAAAUAACACACAAAAAUUAUUUUGGUGAUUGGUUAUUUUUAUAUUAUAUUGCUAAAAAUGUUGAUAAUAACGUUUUUCGUGAACUACUUGUACAAGUAGGUCAUGAUUUAAAUGAUCAAAAAAAUAAUACUCCAACGUCAGAAUCAGUAUUGAUAAGUGGUUUACAUAAUGAGUAAAAAAUAUUUAAAAAUUAUUAAGGUCAUAUGAAUUUUAGCUUAACUUGAUAAUCAUUAUGUUAAAUAGAAGCUCAUACAUAUUUUUUUUCUUUCACAUUUAUACAUGCGUAUGUAUGAUUAUUUAAAAAAAAAAAAAAAAUGUAUUUUCAUAAUCGAAAGCGAGGUCCAAAGUUUGUUGAACCUCCUUUACUUAUCCGGUAUGUUAUUAUCCAUUACUGCCAAUUAUUUUCUUUCAUUCAAUUUAUAUUAUAAGAUACCGCACUGAGACAUCAUCAUGUUCAACUAUUGUAUGUAUAUUUGUUCUUAGAUAUUUUUGAUUAAAAAAUACUUUGACAUAUAUUUAAUUCUUGUUUUAAUAACCUUAUUUUUUUUUCAUUGCAAUCAGAAAUCGAUGGUAUAUUGUUUUACUUUUAACUGUUAUUCUUUCUUCCCUUAUGGAUAAAAAUAAUGUCACUUUUCAUUGCAAAACCAGAUUUUUUAAACGACCACCUACUUAAACAAUUAACAAUUUAAUUAAUCAGUUAAUACCAAAAAAAAAAAAGAAAAUUAAUUUUGUAUUGACCUUCAGCUGUUUUCCAGAA